AACUUCUGGUUUUGUCUAUGUAUGAAUAAAUUUAUAAUUAUAUUAAAUAUAUCAAUUUUUAUUUACUAAUUAAAAUACGCCAGACAAUAUUGAAUUCCCGUGUUCUUAUCACAGGAACGACUUGUUGUUCCUAGUAACCGAGUGUACGUAAUGUGCGUUUCUUGGCUGUAAUGUCAUGUUCAAGCUUACUACUGAUAGAAAUUUUAUUGUUAUAGAGACAAUUCUAAGAAAAACAUGUGUUCAUAGUUUAAUUAAUUCUUUUUAACCUUUUUUCUUUUUCUUAUAAACAUUUUCAAUUGACAAUGGACUCAUCAAUAUCUAUAAAAGUUCACACAGCUAUUCGGAUAUCACCUUAUGAAUUACCUGUGACUAUUAAUACUACUGUUGAAGAUGUAACUAUUGAAAUUUCUAAAUUAUUAAAUAUUGGACCUGUUGCACGACACUUGUUUGCUUUAAGAAUUCUUAACACUUCAAAUGAAAACCUAUGGCUUAGUCCAUCACUUUUUAUAUUAUAUGCUAAAUGUGAACAUCAUGUAUAUGAGUAUAAAUUACGAUAUAAAAUGCUUGAUAUUAAACGUCUUAAAUCAAUUGAUCGAAAUGCUCAUAAUUUUUAUUUUUAUCAAGUGAAGUCAGAUUUACUUAAAAGCAAAGUAACAGGGUUAUGUUAUAGUACAUACAAGCGAGAAUUGAUUGGACUUGGUGUUGCUGAUAUGUAUAGAGCAAUAUUGGAAGAAGACAAAACUAGAGAAAAUGUAGAGCAGAAUUACAAACAGUUUAUGCCAAAGGAAGUAGUUAAACAACAUAUGUUUUUCUUAAAAAAACCUGUCCAAGAAACAUUAAAAAAAAUUAUUAAUAAUAAUAGUGUAGAUGCUCAUUAUGUGGACAUUAUAAAAGAUAGCUAUUUAGAACAGUUUAACUCUAUUGCUCCAGAUUAUUUAGAAGAAGAGUAUAUUGCAUUAUAUAAUGAAAAUGGUAGUUCAGUUAAUGUAACACUUAGAAUAAAUCCAUUUUUUUCUAAAAUGCCUGGGAUAAGGAUGUGUACUGAAAACAGGAAAGAGUGGGUACACUUAGCAUCAAUUGUGGAUUUGUGCUUUUUGUCAACUACUGAUAAUGGUACUGUGGAAAUUUCUCGUAAAACUGGUAUUCCAAUACAUUUAAAGUUUCCUGAUACUAAUACAAUGUUUUCUUUUAUAACAUUACUGAAUGGUUAUUAUCGUUUAAUGGUAAACUGGAAUUUUGAUUUGUGUGCUUCUACAAAUACUCCAACUUUAAGUAAACUUAAAUCAAUUCGUUGUCAUGGACCAAUCAGUAUUUUGAAAUCGGCUUCUAUUUUAAAAAAGAAAACUACUAAAAAACAUGGAAGUUUUAUUCUGAGACAAAGUAUGAAAAGUUAUAAUAAUUAUGUGAUUGAUGUUAGUGUGGACCAUAGUGGAAAACCUAUGACUUAUGUGAUUGAAAAUAAAGGAGGUAUUUUUAAACUAUCAGGAGAAAAUGACAUUGAAUAUCCAACUAUAUGGAAAUUGAUUACUAACAACAAAAUUUCUUUAAAUUUGAUGGAGUGUAUUUUUCCUUCAGAUAAUGCUAUGAAUGAAUUAUUACUAUGUCAAAAUUUAAGUAUUAAGCAAUUAGAUCCUGAGGAUGAAGAAGAAAAAAUCUUUGGUCCCCACUUGAUAAACAGUGAUUCAAUAAAACUCUUGAAUACAAUUUGUACAUCUAAAAAGAAAAUUAACUCAUUAAUGAAAGUACGUUUAGCAACUUGGACAAAAUCAAAAAGGAAUGAAUCAACUGUUGUUGUUAAAUUAUUUCAAGAUGAUGUUAAUAUUAGUAUGCACCUAAUGAAUUUGUUGAGCUUAUCGAAACGUUGGAGUUCUGUGUCUUCAAGUGCUAUAGUACGUUUAUUUGGCCUCUGUGUUGACACUCCAACUGCACUAGUGAGCGAGUAUUUUCCAUUAGGACCUCUCGAUGCUUAUUUGAGAACAAAUAAAGAAAAAAUAUCAUUCAGUAAUCUAGUUGAAGCAGCAACUUACAUGGCUACAGCUCUUUGGGAUAUGGAAAUAGCUUCUUUAAUUCAUGGCAAAAUUCGUUGUCAUAAAUUUGUAGUAGCUGAACAUUCAAGAAAUGCUUUGAUUGUUAAACUUACAGACCCUGGUAUACAUAAAUGUUACACUAGUUAUGAUUUGUAUUGGAUACCUGUUGAGUUUUAUAACUCAGUCGAACUUGCUAGAAAAUCACCUCAAGCUGAUAUAUGGGCAUUGAGCUCAACUUUAUGGGAGUUGUUCAAUUAUGGUGUUGUAUUACCAGAAGUGCAAAAUGUUGAAUUUUUUAAAAAAAAAUUUGAAAAAAAUAUUAGAAUGCCAAAACCUGAUUGUUGUUCUGAUGACUUAUAUCACAUAAUGUGUGAAUGCUGGGAUAGUGAUCCUUUUAUUCGUAAAAAACCACAGGCUACACUAAGAGAUUUAAGGCAAAUUUGGUUACAAAUUUAUUCUAGUCCUCAACAUGAAUAUACACCAAUCAAAAAAGAAGAAAUAUUUCAAGAUGAUGUGACAUGCUCUGAUGCAACAAUCUAUUGUACAUCUGAUUAUACUAAUGAAACUUAUAUGGACACUGUAUCAAGCUCUUUUUCUGGAAGUGAAACCAAAUCAGAUUUUAUAGAUUUCAAUUCAAAUCCUGAUGACACUAAGAGCUAUCAAAAUGAAAACCCUAUUCUUGGUGCUAGCACCAGCUUCAAUCAGUUUAUGAAUCAGCUUACCUCUCAAGAAGAAAUAAAAUGUAAUAUGCAAAAUGCUCUUAAUUGUCGAGAAAAAACAUACAAAUUUAAAAAUAAUACACUAAGUUUACAUCAAGUUAUAGGACAGGGUUUUUAUGGUGUUGUUCUAGAAGGUUUGUUAGAAUACAAUAAUAAUUUAAAAAGAAAAGUUGCUGUGAAACAUAUGAAAAGGUCUUUCCAAAUUGAAGAUUUUCAAAGAGAAAUAACAAUUAUUCAGCAACUUGAUCACAAAAAUAUAGUCAGAAUUGAAGGAGUAUUAGAAGAACCUAAUUUAAUGCUUAUUAUGGAAUAUGUUGAGUUUGGAUCUUUAAACAAUUAUUUACGAUUACACAAAGAUGAUUUACUCAAUAAUACCAAUCAACUACUAAAAUAUUCCCUUGAUGUUGCUCAAGGAAUGGAAUAUUUGGGAAAACUUAACAUAGUUCAUCGUGAUUUAGCUACUAGAAAUAUACUUGUUGCUAGUCCAACAACUGUAAAAAUUUCUGACUUUGGAUUGGCACAAUUUUUACCAGAUGAGAAAUAUUAUUAUUUACAAACUAUGAGAGAUUUACCUCUUAAAUGGCAUGCUCCAGAAGCUAUACUCUAUGGGAAAUUUUCAACUAAAACUGAUAUUUGGGCUUUUGGUGUUUUACUCUUUGAGAUAUUCACAUUGGGAAAAGAACCAAAUAUUGUAUCAAAGUUAGAAGAACGAUUAGAUGUUGAAAAAAUGAUCUGUGUUCUGGAAGAAGGCCAUAGACUUCAAUGUCCAUCAUACCCCCCCUGCACAAUGGAUAUUUAUAACAAACUCAUGUAUCCAUGUUGGUCAUAUGUGGCAUCUGAUCGUCCAGACUUCACACACUUGGUCAAUACAAUUCAGUCUUUAAUGACUGUAAAAUCUGAAGACUGAAUUUUUUAAAAGUAGAGCACAAAAUUUCAAGUUAUAAGUUGAUAGUAUUUACUAUGAAAUUUAAAGUAACAUUUUAAUUACUUUUUUAUGAAAUUAGUACUUAAUUAUAACAAUUUUAUAUACUAUAAUGUAAAAAAGGAUUAUAACCACAGAUUAUUUAUCAGAUAUUAAAAUAAUUUUUUUUAUUUGUAUUCUUGAAAGAAAAUCAAAAUGUUCUAGAUACAACAAAUUAAUAGUAUCAAAGCACUAAGAUAUUGACUUAUUACGUAAUCUAGUCAAAUUAUUAUACUUUUCAAUGAUUUAAAAUUGUUUGUACUUAACAAAAUUGACU